CUCCAUCCAAACGCGGUGUUACGAUCACUCCUUCCUUCCAGCGCCAUCACGUCACUGCUACAGGCAGACGUUACAUUCAAUUUUUGGUCUUUAAAAUUCGGUUGAUCUGUUACUAUUACCAUCUUCAUUUGACUUCUCUUUCAAUCCCGAUCAUGAAUUUCUUCAUAAUAUUAUUCCUUUUCUUCUCUCUAUUUUCCAUCACUUUUUCUCACGAAACUUUCAAUUCCCACCUCCUUCCCAGACCUUUGAUCAUCGAAUUCCCACAAACCAUCGAAACCCAGUUUGGGAAAUCCAUAGAUGAGCUUCAAUUAGAGUGCUCCAGUUGGAGAUUCGCUAUUGAGAGUAAUAAUUUGAGCCCUUGGAAGACGAUUCCACACGAAUGUGCUGAUUAUGUGAAGGACUACUUGAUGGGUAGGGCUUAUAGAUUCGAUCUCGAAAGGGUUUCGAAAGAGGCUAUAAAGUAUGCGAAGAGCGUUGAAUUGGGUGAAGAUGCGAAGGAUGUUUGGGUAUUUGAUAUCGAUGAGACUCUGCUUUCGAAUCUUCCUUACUAUGCUGAUCAUGGUUUUGGGUUAGAGGUUUUUGAUGGUGCGGAGUUUGAUAAGUGGGUUGACAAGGCUAUGGCAUCUCCAAUAGAGUCCAGUCUGAAGCUUUAUGAAGAGGUUCUGAAGUUGGGAUUCAAGGUUUUCUUGCUUACCGGGCGCAGUGAACAUCAAAGAGGCGUUACUGUUGCGAAUUUGAUCAAUUCGGGCUUUCAGGAUUGGGACAAGCUCAUAUUGAGAGCAACUGAGGACCAUGGGAAGCUAGCGGCAAUAUACAAGUCGGAGAAGAGGAAUGAGAUGGUGGAAGAAGGAUACCGGAUUUUGGGCAACUCCGGAGACCAAUGGAGCGAUCUUUUGGGUUCAUCAGUUUCCAUCCGCUCAUUCAAGCUCCCAAAUCCCAUGUAUUAUAUUCCCUAAUUAAACAGGUUCCUAUUAAGCUUUUCUAAUCCCUUCUAGUUAAAUAAAUAUUUGUACAUUCGAUUCAUUGACUGAAGUUUGCAAUUAAUAUACAAAUUGUGCAUAACUAUACUUGAUUUAAGUUUUCAAUUGGUAUAUAAAUUGUGCA